GGUUUAAAGCAUAGGCCAGAUUAAAAAAUCUAGGUCGAGACGAAGACCAGAAAAAGAUUGCCUGUAUCCUCAUUUCCUCGUCAACAAACUAGCCUGCAAUCCAUUGAUCUUUUCAAAGGGGCGAUUCGAUCCCGAGGUCGAGUACUUGUUAAAUGAGGAUUGUCAGACAAACGAACCCAGGCACAAAAUCAGGCAGAAUACGUCCAUAUCAUAUUUUGUCUGACACGCUUUUCAUUGUUGGCGUUUCCUCUUCUUUAACCCAAUCCAACCCAACGGGAACAUCACGACGCAGGAAGGACUGCAGACUCUGUGAUCGCAUGCCCUCCACUUGCCCCAUAAGUGACUUCCACGGAACCGAGAGCAUCGACACGAGAAUACUAGAAUACAGUACCUGAAUCUCAAUGAAUUUGCAUCUCCGCACGAUAUCUCGGAACCGUGGAUUUUCUGGGGAAAUUUCCAACUUCUUGGACCUCACCUGCCCCGCAAAAGGGCCCUUCACCGAGGCUGUCACUUACAUGUUCAUGGUCGCGUAGCACAGCCUGAUGGCUUCUCCAGCUGCGAGGAGCUCGCGGACUGAUGGCUAACCCCUCACAACUGGAGCUCAAGUGGAACACAGUUCAGCACAUUUCCAUACUGUCGGUUUGUUCUGUUCCGAGGUAGGUGUCCACCUGAUCGAUAUACAUACCUGACCGUGCCUGGACAUAAGUGACCUUCAUCAAAACCUUCCUCAGACUUAAUCCCUGCCCUGCAUAACCAUAUUCGAAUAAUCUUGUUGAUACUCCCAUCUGCCUGAUCCACAGAAUCCAGCUCGAAGAUCAUCAGUUCAGAAUGUCGGGAGAGUAUGCUUACUUGACGGGCGGCGCCAGUGGUAUAGGCCGCGCUGUUGCUGAAAUGCUAGUCAAGCACAACAUCAAAGUCUUCAUCGCCGAUCGCGACCUCGACGGCGCCCAAAAGCUCGCCGACGAACUCAAUCAAAAAGGCCCAGUCGCGAAAUGUGCGCACGUAGACGUCGCAGACUGGAACUCACAAGCCAAAGCUUUCAGCCAAGCCGUAGCAGACUUUGGACGGAUCGAUUACGUAUAUCCGAUCGCCGGUGUGGGCGAGCGCGCUUCAAUCAUCAACAACCCUUCACAGACUGGAUUCGAAAUGCCAGAUCUAUCUGUGAUUGAUAUCGAUCUUACCGGCGUCUUGUACACGGUCUCCUUGGCGAUACAGCAAUUCCGAAAGCAACAGCCUGGCAAGAACGGAUUCAGGGGCAAGAUUGGCUGUGUCGCGAGUAUCUGUGGCUUGUAUGCCGUACCGACCGUGCCCAUCUAUACCACAGCUAAGCAUGGCGUCGUCGGCCUCACUCGCUCAUAUGGACAUUAUCUUCCCGAGGAGAAGAUCACCAUGAACGCCGUUUGUCCCAAUGUUGUUCGCACAAAUAUUUCAACAUCCGCCUUUUACGAUACUCUCGACAAAGAAGGAGUAUUGGCUCCAAUUGAAGGUGUGGUGGAUGUAUUUGAGAAGCUACUCGGUGACAGUCCAACGUCAGGAGAGUGUUUCGAGGUAGGACCGAACUAUAAAACCCAAGGUGCCGUUCCGAGAAAGGCGCCCGAGUUUCUCGACAAGGAAAGUAAGAGGGUGUGUGAGUUGAUAGAGAAGAGAUCGCACAAGCUGCACGAGCCUCGUUGA